GCUCAGGUUGUGGCACAGUCCCUGCCCUUUGGGUAGUGUUAACUUUUUAAAUUAAGAACUACAUGUACUUUAUUUACAAUAAUUUUCCAAUACCUGUCACCUAUGUUACACAGUCUAUUCUAAACCAAUCAAAAAAGUGUCACCAUCAUAGCAGAAGAUGGAGGACAAGAAGAAGGAGAAGAAGGACAGGACACGCCCAGAUUCCUCCAUCUUUCUUCUUGAACCACCAUUUUAAAACUCCAAAAUUUUACUUUUUCAUCUUGUGACAAAUUGACUAUCAUUCUACUCAAACUCUUGUGGCUUGUAAAUCUUCACAUAAAGGGGGUAGUUUUUUUCAUGGACUAAAAUUGAAGGCAUAGGUGUUUUUGACUCCUUGCCAGGGUCUUGAGUCAUCCAGGGCAGCCAGAGGAAUGUCCUGGGUUCCAGCAUCCACCCACUGUGAUUUUUACAGGACAGUUUUGAGCAGUGUUGGUGUUUUCUUGCUGACUCCUUUUUUUUUUUUCCUGAGUAAGUUGUGUCAGCAGCUUCCUCCACACCUGAGGAGCUUCCACAGCUCUGCUGCUGUGCCAGUUCUUGGAGCUGAGCUCACAGCUUGGGCACGCUGAGCAGCUGUAACUCAGCCACUGGCAUUGCAGAAGGGAUAGAAGGAACCAAAGAGCAGGAAUUUGGGAUCUGGCAGGGGAAAGUGCCCCCUCCUGCUCUGGAGUGCUUGUUGGAAACCAGUGUGGUCCAGGGCAGAGAUGGCUUUGCUCCAGCCAAGGGCCUGCUACAGAAUUUUAAUCCAGAGAUGUGAGAGCUGUAGCAGGAGAGACAGAAUUUCUGUCUUGAUUUUGGAACAUUUCCUUCUGGCCCACCCAUAUAUUUAUAUAUGUGUGUAUGUGUGUAUGUAGCUGGUGUGGGAGCUGGUGCUGACAGAGCUGGUGUGUUACAAUACACAGUUGGAUGCUACCUUCAGAAUUUCUCCAAAUAACUGGGCCUUCAUGUAUUUUCAGUCACAUAAAUCUUGUACCUUAACUGUAAAUGUGCAGCAAAAGUCUUGGUCACAGCAGCUGCCAGCUGAGGAAACACUUGCUGACUCCACAUUUGUCUCACACCUCUUGAAAUACACCCCACAUCCUGGAGUUUGCACUUUCCUUCUCAGCUGCAUCAGUCAUAUCAAUCUCCCAGAGCCCAGCUUUGACACUUUGAACAGCCAGCAACUGCUUCCAUGCAGUUCUUGGGGAAAAAAAGCCAGCCCUGGCCUUCCCCUUCCUCUUGCAUCCUGUAAACUGCACCACAUGCAGGUCUUUGCUCUUAUUUUCACUGUGUGCCCUCAGAUUCUCUCACAGAAUCUAUGUCCAAAAUUGAAAAAACUCCAGCAGCUGCUCACUCAGAGAAGGUCCUGGAAGAAAGAACCAGUGCUGGACUGUACCUUUCUUUUGUAACCUCUAAACUUCACUGGGGUGAUUCACUUUCCCUUCUUCAGGAUCCAAACCCGCAGCCCUCCUCUACUUGCUCCCACUAAAGGUGCCAGGACAAAAAAGGUGUUGGCUUUUAGCUUCCCACUGUCACCAUUCAGAACUCCACCCUGUAUCCCUGUGUAACUUCCUAGACAAUUAAAUGUCCUGUGGUACUGCCUCAGAAACCCAAAGGGCAGAUCUGAAGCCAAAAGUGUCUAGACCCUACUGGCAAAAUGUGCCAGGACAGAAAGAAAUACAUUUAUUUUGGAAAGCAAGCAGCUCUCCCUGGUGUUCCUGGUGCAGAUAAGAGGCUCCCCAGGGGCGGUGAAGGCCAGCACCUGCUUUCUUUCAUGGCACUUCCUGUGUGGGAGCAAUCCCCUCCCAGGAGCCCUGCGGCAAAAUUUGAGUGCUGCCUCCAGUGUUGAAUACCUCCACCAGGGACUGCUCUAACACAGAAGUUCUCUCCAAGGAGCUGCUGCUGGUUUGUGCCUCCCCAGGGCAGCCCCUCCUGCACCACCAACGAUGGGGUGACAUGCUUUCCUUAGCAGGUAAAGGCAUCCUCAUCCUCUUUCUGGAGCUCACCUCCACCAUUUGAAUACCAGCUCCAAAACUGUGUGUGUCCAGGGAUCUCUUUCAGAGAAGCCUUUCCAGAACAGAAAACUCAGUGGUUUAUACCUCCCUAGGGAACCCUGUAAUGUCAUCCUUUUCUUUCAGGCGGCCAGCAGCUGACAAGGACAAGGAUGAAUUAAUGACUGCUUUAUUUAAAUUGACAAUGAUGAGGUGAAAAUGUAAAAAGAGAAAAAUGCACAAUGGCAAAACUCCAAUCCGAUCAGAGUUAUUUACUACACAAUUAAGCUGCUGAUACAGUGCUCUAUUUAUUGCACCAAUAACAUAGCCAGCUUAAUAACUAUCAAAUAGAGGCUGAUGUUACUCACCCAUGUCACUGACCACGGGCAAGCCUCUCAUUCAGCCUCCAGAGCUGUCCCUGAGGGGUGUUCCCACCCAGGGGAAGGAUCUUCAUGCAUCUCAAGGAGAUGUGCUGGGAAAACUGGGAUUGAUCUUUUCUAGUAUGAAGAGGUUGAUUGUCCUGCAACUUUUAGAUUCUGUGUUGUCCUCCGCAGAACAUGUUUGAGUCAGAUGUUACCAGCUCUUUGGUUUCUGCUCAAAACUUCCAUCUCUCACUUCCCUACCAGGCUCUUCCACAUCCCUGUUGAUGCCCACCUCAUCAGGAGGAGCACCCUCAUGAGGGGCCUAAUUUAAGAGAGUUUGGUCAAGUGGUUUCAGCAUUCUUCACCCCUGUACCCAGUGUUCUACUAAACCCCCUGGUUUUUAAUCUAUCACCAAUAAUUUGUAAAUCAGACAAAGAAAGGGUUCUUUAAAGCUGUCUCAGCCCUUCCAAAUGAAACAGCUCCAGUGCCCCUGCCCCCCAUAAUGCACUUGCUUGUUCCUCACAGCAGUCCCAUGGUGCCAGGAAUAGGAGAGCUUCAUCUUUAUCCCUUACAGAGGCAGUGAGACCCCUCUGGAGCUCUGUCUGUGUCUCCAGCUCCAAUGCCUACGUUCCCACUGCUUCCAGCUCUCACUAUUUGCUGACUGGUUUCUAGGUCUGCCUCAUAUCCAAGGUUUCAUCCAUUAUGUUUAGCUGUGUCACCAUAGGGCAAUCUCACUGGAGAAGUGGGAAAUCAGGUGGAUGCAGCAAAAACUCUCCCACUUUUGAAGAAAUCAUGAAGGUCAGCAUGGACUCUGCAUUUAAGUGAGAAAAGGCCUCCAGAAGUAAAAGAAGGAUGGCAUUAUCUACUUGGAUGUUUUUGCUUCAAUAAUAGAGCUCAAGGUCUGGGUAAGAGGCAUCCAUCCCACCCCUUCACCAGCUCUGUGGUCCUGUGCUUGCUCUGCCAUGUAACCCUGCCCCUCACUUAAUCUGCUUAUUAAAAGCAUUUCCCCAGUUUUUCCAACGUUGCAGCCUCCUCCACUCAUCUGCCUCACUGCUUUCUCCAAGGGACAGGUUUUACCCUGUCUUCCCUUCUCAAGGUCCUUCCUCUGCACUUUUUGGCCUCAGCUUCUGGAGUUCUGUGGUUUUUGCUGUGUGCCCAAGUGUGUUUAAGAGGCGUAAAUAUUCCAUAUGAAGAAGAAGGGGAAUGACUUGCUCCUAUGGACUACAGACAAAAAGGUAAAAUUUAAAAAGUUAACCUGCCUGGGAAAUCUCAUAAUUUUAGGUCAUUUGUGUUACCUUGGCAUUUCCAAUCUCCUUCAGAAAUGGUGGAGGUGGUUUGCCCUGCAUCCAUCAUCCCUGGGUGUCUGUGGGACAUUUCUAGGCCCCACUGUUUGUCCCCUCUCGCAUCCUGGCCUACCUUGGCCACCCUCGUGUCCUCUGCUGUGACCACCUCAGGUGUGCAGGGCCACGCUGGCUCACUGUGCAAAUCCAAGGGGACACGAGGCUGUCCAGGUGGAUGCGCACAGGUGUCCCCUGCUGCCCUCAGCUGUCACCCAGUGCCACUCGGCCCUGCCCAGGAACCUGCCUGGCACGCUCGGCUGCGGGGACAGCCGAACUCUGCUGCCAGCGCCCCGGGGCUGCCCCUGCAUCUCCCGAACACCUCCCAUGUGACUCCAGGUCACAGGGUUUGGCCACACCUGUGCCACUCACAGCUGUCUUCAUCUGUCAGCAGGAAGAAGGAAGGAAAGGAACCAGGGCAGGAAGGGGAGGAAAGAGGAAGAAAGGAGAGCAGGAAAGGAGGGAGAGAGAGAGGGAGAGGUGAGGAGGCUGCAUUCAGCAGUGAGGAGCAGAGUGGCCGAGAAACACCGUGCCAGAGGCUUCCGAUGUCUUCCUCAACUUCCACCAGCACUUUGCCCAGCGGCCUGGCUGUCCUGACGACCUUCCCAGAUGUGCUCUUCAUCCCUGAAAUCAUCUUUGGGGGCCUUGUGUGGAUCCUGGUGGCAUCUUCGAAGGUCCAAUUUCCCAUGCUGCAGGGCUGGGUGAUGUUUGUCUCCGUGUUCUGCUUCGUCAUGUCCAUCUCCCUCCUGUGCCUCUACCUCUGCGGGGCUCACAGCAGCGGUGGCAGCUGCUGGGUCGCCUUGGAUGCCUUUUGCCACAGCACAGCAGCGCUGUUCUACCUCAGCGCCGCCGUGCUGGAAGCCUUCGUUACCUAUGCCAUCCGUGACAACUUUUCCUGGGCACAGGAAUACAGGGAGAACAUUGCUGCUGUGGUAUUUGCAUUCGUGGCCACCCUGCUGUAUGUGAUCCACGAGGUGUUCUCGCUCCUGCGGUGGAAAUCGUCCUGAGAGCCUGAACAGCCCCAGGAACAAAGGCUGUCCUCUCCAGGCUGGGUUUGGGGUUUGUUUUCUGAUGUAUAGCCUAGAAACAAGUAGCUUUUUAUGUGGGAUCUUGGUGAUGAAGACAAGGGGCCUGCCAGAGAAAGGAAUAUCUUGGCACAAUCUGUUUCCCUUCAAUAUCUUACAGGCUGGGUACAGUUUGAUGCUGGGGCCAAAAUAAAAAAAAAAAGCCAUCCAGUUUUAAAAAAAACAUAGUAUAGUUGGGUUCAAAGGGCUAAAAUAUCCCUGGGUUUCACCUUUAUGUGUCCAGAGUUGUUACUGGUAUCAGGGGAAAAGUGAACAACAAACACCAAGGAGCAUAAGUGUGAAACUGUGUAAUUUUAAUUGCUGUGUGCCCAUUUAAGUGUAUUUUCUCCCCUAAAACCGCUGUGCAAAUUAAUAUCUUCAUGCAGUUUCUGAAAAUGCCUUCUCUGACUUGCAAUGAGCAAUGGGAACAAUAUUUAACUCAGCUCAGGAGCAAUGUGGAUCACUGCAGCUCCUGAAGGGUGCUGCUGAAUUCUGAGGUACGACUGUAAGGCCAGGAAUUACCACUGCCCUUGAUCCCUCCCCUACAAAGCACAACCUGAAAGGGGCCCAGUGGGCUGUAGGAGAAUUCUCUGGGUGAUCAGGAUCAACUCCUGCAUUUGGUGAAUGGCUACUCUCUCUCACACUGCCAUGGUGUCACUAAUAAAGAUGGGUUUGCUGUGAUUUUGAGAACGGGUGAGUCCUUGCUGCUCUUUUUCCCUUUGCUGCAUCCAGCCCCAGGAGCUGUGCACCUUGACAGGGCAGUGCCACCACGGGGGCUGUGUGGCUGGGUGGAGCUCAAUUGCCAGCUGGGGUUAAACCUUGACAAUGAAUUAAUUGAAAUGGGGUUUAGGCCCAGGAAGGGAUGUUUUCAAUCUGUUAGAGGUGCCUAAAAAACAGCGGUGCUAAAUUAUCUCUUCCAGCUUGUGGGGCAAAGAAUGCUUCCAUUUUAAGUCUGAAGUUCCUGGAUAACACUGAGAACUAGAGGACAAGAGGGAAAUAAAAGUUGACUUGGAGGUUCCUCUGUUGCUUCGUAUCUCGGGAAACAUUUGACCUGUCACCAUGGGUUUGGUUUGAAGCUUUUUAAUUGCAAACUAAGGAAAACAUUUGUGGAGGUUUUUUCCUCGCUGAAAACCAGCCUGACUUGUUUUGCUUGUGUUACUGUGACAACAGGGAACUAGUUGCAACAGAGGUGGAAAGAGAAAUCCCUUUUCAGAGCAGGGAGGGAUCUCAAAGCCAUUUUGGACAAUGGCACACGGCUCUGAAGUUCAACAUCCCCCUGUUGAAACUGGUUUCACCAUCCCAUCAUCACGGGGUGUGUGUGGGGGUGUUGGUGCCCAGGUUCUAUGAACGCCCCUGAACGUGACAAGGGACACAAAGAUGCCUUUCUGCUCGGAUGUGUUUACAAAGGCAGGGAUCUGCAGCCCUACCCUGGGCCUUGGGAUGAGCUGUCUCUGUUCCACCUGUGCCCAGCACCCGUGCACCCAGCAGUGCUGCCUGUCCCCUCACGUCCCUGUCCCUGUGCCUCGUGGCCAUCCCAUUUACAGCCCACAGCUUGGCACGGCCCCAGUCUCCUUCCUUCUGCUUUGCUUUGCCCUUUGCUUUCCCUUUGCCUGGCACACACCAGUUCACACCAGUCUGCACCAGUGCCCCUCUGUCCCACCCUGUUCGCUGAGUGCCUCCCCCACAGCAUCAGCCCAGCCUUGCUGGGAGCCAGCAGUGGGGAAAAGCAGCCGGAUGCUGCUGGCACGGCAGUGUCCAUCGGCUGGAGGGACACUGAGGGAGGCUCUGUGGCCCCAGGGUCACCUGGGGAGGGCUGGGCAUAUGGAAGGGACCCCUGCCCCCCACCACUCACAGAAAAUGGGGCUGGAACUUUGAUACCCUCCUGGUGUGACCCCAAGUUCAACCCCAGGCAGCUGAGCAGGGGGAAGGGGGGUCCUUGCUUGGUACAGGCUGCAGGGCCCCAGCAGGGGACAGUGACACUGGGAGGGGUGGCUGCUGAAUUGCAGCAACAUGCACCUUCCCUGCACAGUGGAAAGAAGAGAAAAUGACACAAAAGAAGUUCAUCAUGCCCAGCUUUCCUGUCAUCUCAACACAGCCCCAAAGACUGCCAUCCGUGCCCUGGAAGCUGGGCAGCCCAAGGGAGCUGUCUGGAAAAUGGCAUACCCCCAGCACUUCCUGAAGGGGAAAGAUGCUGCCCUGAGC